AUGAGGGUUUCAGGAUUUAUCCUCCUCCAUUUGAUCGUCAUCUUCUUCGUUGCGAGCUCACUUGCCGAGGAAUCACUCAGUCCUAGGCAUCUCACAACGGAUACCUUUGAGUCAAACACCACGGAGCACACGCUUGUAAAAUUUUUCGCGCCAUGGUGUGGGCACUGCACUAUGAUGGCACCAGUGAAUGGAGAUGCUGAGCAAGAGCUCGUUCGUCGAUUCAACAUAGCGGGGGAGGAGCAAUCAAUGUUCGAAUUCAUGAAGCAGCGAAUUCCCACGAUGAAGAUGCGACCGAACGUUGUUACCCCACAUGAUCGCUGCUUGAACGUUGCAAGAAAGAAGAAUGGGGCGCAUGCUGAAUGCGACGGUCAAAAGCGAGGGUUCGGUCCUGGGAAGGCAAUCGACGGGGUGAUCAAAGGUUACUACGGAACCCACGGCGAGCUGUCGUACAGCGGAUGGUCAUGGGGUGGCGAUUUGUCACAUGCGAUGUUCCUCGUUGCAUUCGACAAAAUUUAUGAGAUCACUAGGAUCAAGAUUUUUUCCGGGGUUGGCUUUGUGGACUUGAAGAUCACAGCAUUUCGAAUCCUGUCAGAUGAGGCUCAGCGAAUGUUUGUCCUUGUUGACAAGAGGUGCUGGAAGCCGAUCCCCAAUGUGACUGUGGCGAAUGAUUACAACUCAGACGGGGAGCAGUUGUACAAAUUGUCAAAGGAAGCUAAGGCGACCGUUGAGGUGAAGCGAGGAGUCAGCAUGGUCGAACUCUCCUGCCCUCCCUUGAAAGCGUCUGGUGUCAGCGUGACGGUGCUGGGAACAGACUCUGCUAACAAUGACGGAGUCCUGUCGGAGAUCGAGGUUUACACUGAGCCUCUCUGCUCCUGGUUCGAUGGAUGCUCGCGGCAUGAGCGAUUCCUGAUAGAUGAAGCGGAGAGGAUCAAGCAGGAAGAGAUCCGAAACCUCACCAAGCAGAUCAAGGCGGAGAGAGCAGCGGAGAACGCAAAAGUGGCUAUAGUGGAGGAGGCCAAGGCCAAUCUCACUCGAGCAGCGGAAGAAAUGCUAGAGCAGGCGGAGAUUCAGUUCAAAGUCAGCAACCUCAAGGGAGAGGCAAGCUAUGGUGCAUACGGCCUCCUCCAAAGAGCGAAAGAUAAGUUCGAGGAGGCCGGCCUGCUGCAAGCAAGACGCAGGACGAAGAGCCUGGAAGAGCUCGAGGCCAAGUAUCGCCAAGCAAUCGAGUCGGAGGAGGCCCGCAGGAAAGCUGAAGAAGCCGCCAAGGCCAAGGCAAAGGCAGACGCUGAAGCUGAGAGGGCGAAAGCAAAGGCUUCCGAAGGAAAGAAGAAGAAGAAGAAGAACAAGAAGCCUAAGGACUCCGACCAGUCGCAUUCCUUCAUGGACGAAGAGGUCCUGCUGUGA